AGCAAUGUUGCUGCCAUGCAUGCAACAUAUGGCAACGGCGGCAACAACUGCGGCAACAGCAUCCACAGCGUUUGCAAUCAGCAGCAAAUCAGCAACUACACCAACAGCAACAGCAACAGCAACAGCAACAACAUCAACGGCAGCAACAACAACAGCAACAUGAGCUCCAGCGGUUUGCUUGGCGCCGGCUACAGCAACGAUUAUAUGGCCAAUGCAACAGCGGCUGCUGCAUAUGUGACACCAGCAACCGCAGCCGCAGCGGCAGCAGCAAUUGCAACAACAACAACGAUGCCAGCGGCAGUGAACACAACAACAAUGCUGUCUAAUUACUGCGAUGCUGCGACUAUGAUGAUGGCCGCGGCCGCUGUCAAUGCAAAUCAGUGCCUGCAACAACACCACCAGCGACUGCUGCUGGCCAGCAGCAGCAACAGCAACAGCAACAGCAGCAGCAAUAGCAACAGCAACAGCAACAGCCAUGAGCAACUGGCCACGGCAGCGGUCACGGCCCCCGCCUCCUCGUCCUCGUCGUCAGCGGGCUCGCUGUCAUCGGCAUCGUCCACACCGAAAGCGACGACCGUCGCGACAGCCCAGCAGCAACAGCAAGAGCAGCAGCAACAGCAAGAGCAGCAGCAACAGUCGCUGCCAUCGCCGCCAAAUUUAAUCGAUAUCAGUGAAGUUCCUCUCAUUGUGGAUGUCAAGUAGUGUAAUUAUUUAUGCAUAUUGAAAAAAAAAAAAAAAAAAAAAAAAA